AUAAUAAACAAGGAAGCCCUACCAUAUUUGUCAAAUUCAACUCCAUAAUUCAUUUACAUUCCAUACCACACCAUUUUCGGUCCGAAAUUCAAAAUUCAAAAAAAAAAGAUGUCCGAUAUCAAUUUGACUGCCUACAACGCCUUUCGCCGCGAUUUGGCCAGGAUAUUAAAGACAUUCAAUUCGUAUACGCAAACCGAUUUCACCGAGGAAACUGGCACCAACACAGACUUCGAUUGCAAAGACGAUUUGGAAACAAAUCUAUCCGAACUUUACGAUCUCGAACUGAAAUAGUAGGUGGUGUUUAUCCGAUUGAGAUGGAGACCAGGGUCAAGGGAACGCACUCCGAGAUCAGUAUGGAAUCCAGCAGAACAAGGCUGCUGCAACCGCUCAGAUCUCAAUCCCAGGAUAACGAAAUCCGAUUAUUAUCCACAAGAAGCGAUCUGGCGAUGACACCAUGGCCUCUACAAUCGGAAUCUCCAUCUGAAUCGGAUGAA